AUGGCCACUCGGUGGCGAUACUAUAAUUCGAAACGAGGUAAUAAUAAUCGAGGACGAGGAAGAGGAAGAAAUCGCGGAACGAGUUUAACAGCAAUCUCACUCCCGCGGCAAGAUCGUUUUCCUGGUGGCUUAAACGAUGACGAAUUCUUUCAAGACAAGCCUAUGAACGCGAAGGAGUUCGUUGAUGAGACAGUUUUAAGUGUUUCGUUUUCCGGGAACAUGCUCGGAGCCGCAUGUUACGAACAAUCCUCUCAAUUAGUCAGAAUUAUGAACGAUGUGUCCGAAGAUCACGAAUUCGCUCUUUUGGGAAGAUUGAUCGAAGAAGUGAAGCCUACAAUGAUUAUAGCAAAUAGAAGUCAAGAUCUCGAUUUCAUCAAAUUGUUGAGCUCAAAAUAUGCAAAACACGAAAGACUACCAUCUGAUGGUAAAAGCUCUUCACACACUUCUACAUACGACACGAUUCCGACUUGGGAUGCCUCACUUGUGUAUUCUUCUGACGAUGUGGAGGAGAAAGAAGAUCAAGAUGAUGACGAUUUCGAUGGGCCACCAGCGACACUUCACAAACUUCCCAAUAACUUUUUCAAAAUGCCCAACGCUUUGCAAAGGCUGAAGAUGAUGGUCGGAUCUGACGACGCUAAAAUGACUGAUGAGGAUAAACAUAUAAUCGUUGCGAUGCGCUUUGAUAUCGAAGCAGUUAACAUGAUGAGAUCUUUCGGUGCUCUUCUUCUUUUCUUAGACGAAACACGUCUCGGAGUAGAGAAUCAGCCGUUAUCAGUGAGCUCACCGAUCAAGUCGAUCAAGACAAUGACACUAGAAAAUCUUGUUGAUAUCGACUAUAGCACAAUUCAAGCGCUGGAUAUUCUGCCUAAAGAAAUCGAGAGCAAAAAAAAUGUCGGAAAAGAUAGAUCUUUAUUUUCGCUGGUCGACAGAUGUCGAUCAACGGUUGGCAAGAAAUGCCUCAAGAAAUGGUUCAAAAAUCCUACAACUGACAGAGCAGUUCUUCUUUCGAGACAAAAAUGUGUGCAUUAUUUCAAACAGGAUUGGAAUGCUGAAAUCACUGCGAAGAUUGCAUCGAUGCUCGGAAAAGUCACCGCAUUGAAUAAUGUUUUCCAAAGAUUUCAAAGUGGAACAGCGAAGCUUCUUCAUUGGGAGUGUUUCGUUUCGACUGUCAAUGCACUGGUGGAUGUUGUUCACAUACUUCGGCAGACACCUAUUGCUAAAGAGUUUCCCGUCGAGAAUUCUCUUCUCACAGAAGUUUCAGAAAUCGCUAUUAUUGCUAGUUCAAUCAUCAACUUCGCCGAAUCCAGAAUUCAAGGUAGAGUCACUGUGAAUCCAGCAAUAGACGAGGAACUUGAUAAAUUGAGGGACAUUUAUGAAAAUAUGCCAUUGUUCCUGACUGCGGUCGCGAAGCAGGAAUGUGCUCGAUUGGGACUCGAUGCUUUCAGUAAUGUCACAAUUGUCUACAUUCCAUUGGUUGGAUUUGUCCUCUCACUUCCCACGAACUUCCCAGUGGAAAAUUAUAGCGACAUGUCACUGGUUUAUGCUAAAAGUGAUGAGGUUCGUGUCAGAAAUGAAACAACUGAACGAUUGGACGAUGAGUAUGGCGAUAUUCUGAUGAAGCUUAUCGACAGUCAAACUGCUAUAAUUCUAGCUUUGAAAACCCGUGUUCUGAAGAAGAAAAGGAGUAUCAGCAAGCUGCUUUCAGUUGCAGCUAGAAUAGAUGCUCUUAUUUCUAUGGGUCUUGUCGCUGCAGAAAAUGGAUGGAAUUGUCCAACACUGAUGGAUGAGCCUGUCAUUGAAGCUCUCGAGUUGUUCCAUCCAAUCAGUGUUUUGGUUGUGAAAAAGAAUUUUGUGCCAAAUAAAGUGACCAGUGGACGAGAUGGAAUCAAAGCUAGCAUUAUCACAGGACCGAAUGCGUGUGGAAAAAGUGUCUACAUGAAAUCCAUCGGGAUCCUCGCAUUUUUGACUCAUAUUGGGAGUUUUGUGCCAGCGAGAUAUGCGAAAGUUGGGAUAGUUGAUCGAAUUGUAACGAGGAUGUUUACUGUAGACUCUGUUCUUGAUGGCAUGUCUACAUUUGCCAAGGAUGUGGAGCAAGUUGCUUUCGCUUUGAGAAAAGCCACAGGAAAUUCAAGUUGGAUUAGCUCUUUUGGCAUCUUGCAUGACUUAUUGGUGAACAAAGGACCAGAGCAUUGCCCUCACAUCUUCUUGGCUUCUCAUUUCCAUGCACUCCCCAAGCACAUCCCACUUGAUAAGAACAUCGCCUCAUUCUUGACAUUCAAAGUUCUUCGCGAGGGAGAAGGCAAAAUAAAGUAUCUAUUCCAAUUGGCUCCUGGAUUGAUUGAUUGCUCAUUCNCUAUGGCUGUUGCGAUAGAAGAAGGCAUUCCGAUGCCAGUCAUUGGAAGAGCUUGCCGAAUUUACAAAGCCCUUAAAUCAGGAGUCUCUCUGAAAGAGAUAAAAGCAGAAGUUUCGAAAAAUAAUGACGAGAAAUUGGUUGCAGAGAUGGAUAUCGUGCUAAGGAAUGAGGAUGGGUUCAUAGACGCCGUGGAAAGUUUUGUCAUCAGACAACAACGAGAGGAAAUUGAGGCAAAAGCAAGAUCAGAGGCGAAAGCGAGUUAUACAGAACCGAGCGAAGUUGCAUCACUGCAAGAUAAUCUAUCAUCGGUUUCGAAAAGGAAAUCGGAAAACUACCAAAGAACCAGAGGUCAGAGUGUUCUCUCAACCAAGUCUGCUCAGUCAGUCGAUUCCGUGUUGGAUGCGUUGCUACCAAAGAGAAAGAGGAUAGCAACCCCUAUAUUGAAUGAAUCUAAUGUGACUCAGGAACCACCCAGAUCUCCGGAUCCUUUCUCUAUAGACGACGACAGUGUCACUUCAAAAGGCGAGGAGAGAGAAGAUGUUAUUUCGACGACAAUGGUUCCACAGAUGCAAAGGCUGGCAAGUGAAGAGGAAGAAGAUCACACGACGCGCUCUCAUAGUUCAGUAAUGGCCAAUCCUCAAUUGGCUGAUAAGUAUAAUACUCCAGCAAAACCAGGUGGAACGAAAGGAUGUCAACCUUCUUCUACAUCUAAGUUUCCAAUAUCAACGAAAAUACCGAAAACAACAGAUCAAACGGUUCUUCUCAAUGACGAUUUUAAUGUUCCGGAAACUCCAAAUCAACCAAAUCAAACAUCACGUUUAAGUUCGCGGUCUUUCUUGAUGCCUCAACUGCCAUAUCCAGAUAAAUACGUUUUGGAUAGAAUUAAGGAACGUUCAACGAAAGAUUCCAUGUUCAAAACUCCAACAAAUGAUAGGAGACUUCAAAAAUUGACUCAAGGGACUCCAAGAGAUCGAGACAUCCAUACACCGAUUCAGUCUUCAAGAAACACCCCAGAAGCACAUAAUUCAAUGUUCAAAACGCCAAACGCAACAAAAUCCGGUCAUAAUAUGAUGACCCCAAGGACAUCUUCGCGUCGGGAAUUCAGAAAAGACGAUAUUUUGGAAACGCCACAGACUCCAAAGAAUCGCAGCUCUUUCACUCCGAGUGGAUCUCCGUUCUCGAUAUUUGCCAGCCAGGCUACCUUCGGUGGAAUUAGUUCCUCUGAAACUUCCGAUCAUGAUAUGUCUCAGUUCUUCGGAUCAUUGAAUAACAACCGCGUUGAGAAGGCGCAAUCGAAAAAUUCUCAGUCGACAGUCUUCGACACUCCGGUAGCAAAGAGCUCAGAAAAGCAGAGAUACCCUUCCCAAAAAAGUAGUUCAAAGUCACGAGUGUCACCCAGCAGUGUGGUUUUAGAAAGAUUGACUGGGGAAGAAAGUCAAAAGACGCCCCAGCCCCGUGGAGAUUACAUCAUUGACUUCGAGUUCCAAAUCAACGAUACCGACCCAAUUUACGGAAAGAAAGACCAUUUGCAUGGCCCUAGUUUCGAUUUUUUGAAUUCACAAGACGAUGCAGAUGAUAAUUUCAUGGACUUCCUUGAUUCUCCGAGUUCGUCAAGAAUCGACACUGGCAAGAAAAACAGAAAGUAA